GGCGGGGGGUGUGGUCUCUCGGUUCUCGUAUAUAAACAUUGUUGCGGGUCAGACUGCGGAGCUCGGYAGCUGGUGAGAGGACAGAGGAGUAGCAGUAGGUAGAAGUUUUCAGACAGCAGAUAGAAACAAUAAACUAUUCAAAUAUUUCUCUGCAUCAAAGACAACCAACUUGGAAGGAGCUGUAUUCACCUAAAUUAAGCAGCUGUUGAAUACUGCAGAGAGGACAAUAAUGCCUGAAGCCUUUGCCCCAAUGGACACUUGCAACACACCUCCGUCCCCCGUGGACAGCCAUCCCAGAAGGCUGUCCUGGGGCAAACUGGUCCAAAGACUGGCUGAUUUCAACACAAACAGCUCCAGCAUUGGGUCAGGGUCCAACCAUGGCAGCAGGAGUGAUCUGUCAGAUUCAGGGUCAGAUAUCUCCAAUGACCUUAGUCCCUCGUGUGACGACGACCUGUUCUUCGAUCCGAUGGAGGAGACCAUCCUGAAAGAAGUGGUGGAUCUGAUUGCGCGAAGCCUAAGAGAWGCCAAAAACACAGACUGCGCCCUGAGAUGUAGCAAACUGCUCAUCCCAGAGAAACUCCUGGAGCACAUCGGACAGGAGCUCCUUCACCUGGCAGCUAGCGAGCCUUGCGGCUUAAGAGGGGCCCUCAUCGACCUUUGCGUGGAGCAAGGGGCCGUCUGUGAGAGCAUAGGACAGCUAUCUGUGGACCCCUACCUUGUCCCCACCUUCCAGCUCACUCUGGUCUUGAGGCUAGAGUCCAGCGGCCUGUGGCCUAAACUUCAAGGACUGUUCCUCUCCAAGUCUCCCUCGGCUCCURUUGUCAGACAAGCUAUUAAACUCAGCACUAGUUUUCGUGUGAUCAAGAAGAAACUGUAUUCUUCUGAAGAGCUGCUCAUUGAGGAAUGUUGAACGGAAUAAAUGUCCGAGCUGACAAUAACAGCUCACAGAAGGGCCUUCGAACUUCAACUUUAURUCUUUAGAUGCGUGAGAAUGGACUUUGGCAUGAUGUAGCCUUUUUUUUUUUCGUACUGUAAAUGAGCUGAUGUUUAUGGUACUAAGAGCAGGUGUUGCUUCAUCACUUGCUCACAAUUAAACAUUUCAAACCAUUUGUCUGGUAAAUGGGCAUAAGUAUUAAAGUGUGUACCUCAGUUUCUUUUGAAACUCUGUAAAGGGCAGCUAGUUGCAUUGUUUUAACUGAAGACCAUUUCUUGUCUUUUUUUUCUUGUUACCUGACCAUAUAGUGAAUGUACUCCAGUUGAUCACAUUUGGAUUAUUGUCACUCCUUGAUUAAAAGCCUAUUCGUGCUUGUUUUUAUGUGCAAGCUAUGGCUAAAAUGUCACCUUUGGACCUCUUGCUUUCAGCUUUAUUUGACGUUUGAACUGUCAUAACAUUGCACAGUUUUAUUUUGUACUUUUGUGAUCACAAAUAAAUUAUUGCUCUUUUUUUAAAAAAAA